UUACCCUGAAACGCUUGAAUUCGCGAAGUACUGUGUGAUACAUUAGAUUACUCCGCUGCUUUGGGCAUCCUUUGGAUGGACUACUUUGGAUAUUGUGAAUUUAUGGAUGUACAGUGCCAAACGCUUGGGAAUUACAGAGGGAAGAGCUGCGCUGGUCUCUUUUGUUUCACGUCAUUGCUUAAUACGAACUGCACGCUCACUUGGAGGUACGUCUAACUUUCAUCCAUGCUGGUAUCCCUGGAAUACUGCCUCAAUAUAGACUAGGAUACAGCUACAAUGUUGCUGCCUACACAGAAGCUUUUAAUAGGUGGAUUUGUAUCCGUCUUGGCAUCUUGUGUCUUGGAGACAGUGUCGGGGCAGAUCGCGUAUAGUAUAUCAGAGGAGGUGAAAAUGGGAACAACAGUUGGUAAUAUAACCAAAGAUAUUAACCUCUCCUUAAAGGAAUUGACCUCACGGGGAUUCCGUAUCGUGUCAGGUUCUAAAAAGCAGUACUUCAGAGUGAAUACGGAUACAGGCGCACUGCACGUGAUUGAACGGAUUGACCGAGAGGAGCUGUGUGCGGGCGACGCCUCUUGCUCCGUUAAUCUAGAAGCCGUGGUCAGUAGUCCCUUACAGCUUUAUCGGGUAAGAAUAAAUAUUCUUGAUGUUAACGAUAAUCCUCCGGUAUUCCCCGUUAGUUCAUCCUAUCUAAAUAUCACUGAAAUCACAGCGGCAGGUGCGCGAUUCCCUUUGCAGAGCGCACACGAUGCAGACAUCGGAGUCAACUCUUUGAAAACAUACAAGAUCGGUUCCAAUGAAUACUUCACAUUAGACAUGCAGACACACAGCGACAAAACGAUCUCUGCGGAACUAGUGCUUAUAAAAGCACUGGACAGAGAGAAAACUCCCAGUGUUGACCUUUCAGUCACUGCUGUUGAUGGAGGAUCGCCUGCUAAGACAGGGACAUUACUUAUAAAAGUAAAUGUUUUGGAUAUAAAUGACAAUGCGCCUAUAUUUAGCAAGUCAUUAUACAAAGUCUCCAUAGCUGAACACAGUCCCAUCGGGACCACAGUUACGAAACUGCAAGCAAGAGAUUCCGAUGAAGGUUUAAAUGGAGAAAUAGUAUAUUCUUUCAUUAGUCACACGCCUCAAAAUAUCCUGGAUAGUUUUGAAAUUGACAGACAAACAGGAGAAUUUAAAAUAAGGGGAGAUAUUGAUUAUGAAGAAAACCAUGGCUUUGAGAUCCGUGUUCAGGCCACAGAUAAGGGUACCGUGCCCAUGUCGGGACACACCAAGCUUUUAGUAGAGGUACUGGAUCUCAAUGAUAACCCCCCGCGCGUCACUGUAACAUCACUUCUUAAUCAAAUCGAGGAGAACGCGGGGAAGGGGACGGUUGUUGCUUUAAUGACAGUGUCGGAUCCGGAUUCCGGAAAAAACGGGGCUGUUAAAUGUGACCUUGCAGGUUCCGGUCCUUUUAAAUUGCAGUCGUCUUUCCAGAACUACUACUCACUGAUCUUAGACGACGAACUUGACCGGGAAAGCGUUGCAGAGUAUAACAUUACAGUUUUAGCUGAAGAUGAAGGAACCCCGUCCAUGUCCAGUAUAAAAACAAUUAACGUCGUAGUAGCAGAUGUAAAUGACAAUGUGCCCCACUUCCCCGCGAAAACAGAAUAUGCUUAUUUACGAGAGAAUAGUAAUGCUGGUUCAGUGAUAUGUGCGUUGACAGCCUUAGACCCGGAUAUGGGUAAUAAUGCACUCAUUACGUACUCUCUUUAUGAAUCUAGUAUCAGUGGUACGCCAGUCUCCUCGCUGUUUACAAUUCACUCGUUAACAGGUGAGAUACAAAGCCUGCUGUCUUUUGACUAUGAAGAAAUGAAAGUGUAUCAGUUUAAGGUUCAGGCCACAGACUCUGGCGUUCCUCCUCUGAACAGUAACGUGACUGUGAACCUUUUUAUUCUGGAUGAAAAUGACAACAGUCCCGGGAUUCUCGCGCCGUAUUCUGAACACGGUUCCGUUAACACUGAGAAUCUUCCAUAUUCCGCUGAAGUGGGUUAUUUCGUCGCCAAAAUCAGAGCUGUGGACGCCGAUUCUGGAUAUAAUGCGCUUCUUUCUUAUCACAUUUCUGAACCCAAAGGAAACAACUUAUUCCGCAUUGGAACCAGCAAUGGGGAGAUCAGGACUAAGAGGAGGAUGAGUGACAAUGACCUGAAAACACACCCCCUGGUCAUUAUGGUUUCUGAUAACGGAGAGCCCUCACUGUCCGCGACUGUGUCUAUUGAUGUCGUGGUUGCUGAAAGCGGGAAUGACAUUCAACCAAAAUUAAGACACGUGCCGAUGAAGGAGGAGAGUUUCUCGGAUUUAAAUCUGUAUUUGCUGAUCGCUAUUGUGUCGGUGUCAGUGAUCUUUUUACUGAGCCUCAUCAGUUUGAUAGCUGUGAAAUGCUACAGGACAGACGGCGGUUUCAGCAGGUACAGCGCCCCAGUGAUCACCACCCACCCUGACGGGAGCUGGUCUUACUCCAAAUCUACUCAGCAGUAUGACGUGUGUUUUAGCUCCGACACACUGAAGAGUGACGUAGUGGUUUUCCCUGCUCCGUUUCCGCCUGCAGAUGCGGAACUGAUCAUGGACGGGCAGAUUGCAUACGUUGUUUCUGAGGAGGUACGCCCAGGAACAGAUGUUGGAAACCUUGCAAAGGAUUUAAAUCUGAAUGCGCAAGACUUUGGACAUCGUGGAUUCGAAAUCGUUCCGGGACCGAAUAAGAGGUAUUUUUAUGUAAAUUUAAAGACGGGGACGCUGCAUGUUAAAGAGAGAAUAGACAGAGACGAGAUAUGUAAGCGUGACGCGAAGUGUUCCCUGGAGUUAGAGGCCAUUAUUAACUCUCCACUGAAUAUGUAUCGGUUUGAAGUUAACGUCGUAGAUAUAAACGACAAUACACCAACGUUUCCGAUGUCAACAACAGAGUUAAAUAUUUCUGAGUCAGCAUUUUCAGGGGAGAGAUUUCCAUUACCGAGUGCGUUUGAUUCAGAUGUCGGCAGUAACUCGGUAAAGACCUACAAGCUCAGUGCGAAUGAUCACUUCACUCUGGAUGUCCAUAGCGAAGGGGAACACAGCCACUCUGUUGAAUUAGUAUUACAGAAGACUUUAGACCGAGAGAAAGAGCCCGUGAUCCAGCUCACACUGACCGCAGUAGACGGAGGAAAACCUGCGCGAUCCGGCACACUUCAGAUAGUAGUAAAUGUUGAGGACGUUAAUGACAAUGUUCCUGUGUUUAGUAGGACUAUUUACAAAGCGCGUGUAACCGAAAACGCUCUCCAUGGUACUUCUGUUAUUGCAGUCCAUGCUACCGAUUUAGACGAGGACCAAAACGGUGAGAUAAGCUAUUCUUUUGUGAAUCAAAACAAUGACAAACAAGUCCAGGCAUUCGCGAUUGACUCGAAAACUGGACUAAUUACUGUGCGAGGUGCUGUCGACUUUGAGACACAAAGCGCAGUUGAAAUUCGUGUUCAGGCAAAAGAUAAGGGACAUAAGCCAAGAGCAGCGCUGUGUAAAGUGUUAGUGGAAAUCGUUGACAUUAAUGAUAACGCUCCCGAUAUAUCAGUUAAUUCUUUGGUUAAUAUGGUCAAAGAGGAUGCAGCUGCCGGUACAAUGGUGGGCUUGAUAACGGUCAAAGAUGGAGAUGCGGGUAAAAACGGCGCCGUUAUUCUUCAAAUUCAUGAUUCUGUACCUUUCAAAAUACAGAACACUUACAAAAAUAAAUAUUCUUUAGUAGUCGAUGGACCACUAGACAGAGAAAGCAUGUCUCAGUACAACAUCACUAUCACAGCUGCUGAUGGAGGGAGCCCGCCUCUCUCCAGCCAGACUGUAAUUACCGUGCACGUUUCCGAUGUGAAUGACAACGCGCCAAGCUUCCCAGACUCUGUCAUUAACGUUUCUGUGAAGGAGAACAGUCAGAUUGGGACUGUCAUUCAUAUAGUUACAGCUUUUGACCCGGAUGUAGGCGAUAAUUCUAGAAUAACUUAUUCACUAAUGGAAGGUCCGUUAACGUCCAUGGUUAACAUGAACCCUGACAACGGAGAGAUCUACAUGUUACAGUCUUUUAAUUGUGAGGAAAUUAAAACGUUUCAGUUGAAAGUUCAGGCCACAGACUCGGGUGUUCCCCCUCUGAGCGGUCACGUGGCUUUGAACGUUUUUGUUCUGGACGAGAAUGACAACAAACCCAUGAUCCUCGCGCCGUAUUCUGAACACGGUUCCGUUAACACAGAGAACCUUCCUUUCUCUGCUGACGCAGGAUACUUCGUGGCCAAAAUCAGGGCUGUAGACGCCGAUUCUGGAUAUAAUGCGCUUCUUUCUUAUCACAUGUCUGAACCUAAAGGAAACAACUUAUUCCGCAUCGGAACCAGCAGUGGGGAGAUCAGGACUAAGAGGAGGAUGAGUGACAAUGACCUGAAAACACACCCCCUGGUCAUUAUGGUUUCUGAUAACGGAGAGCCCUCACUGUCAGCGACUGUGUCUAUUGAUGUCGUGGUUGCUGAAAGCGGGAGUGACGUCCAAACAAAAUUAAGACACGUGCCGAUGAAGGAGGAGAGUUUCUCGGAUUUAAAUCUGUAUUUGCUGAUCGCCAUUGUGUCGGUGUCAGUGAUCUUUUUACUGAGCCUCAUCAGUUUAAUAGCUGUGAAAUGCUACAGGACAGACGGCAGUUUCAGCAGGUACAGCGCCCCAGUGAUCACCACCCACCCUGACGGGAGCUGGUCUUACUCCAAAUCUACUCAGCAGUAUGACGUGUGUUUUAGCUCCGACACACUGAAGAGUGACGUAGUAGUUUUCCCUGCUCCGUUUCCGCCUGCGGAUGCGGAACUGAUCAGUAUUAAUGGAGGGGACACUUUUAACAGAACCCAAACACUCCCUAAUAAAGAGAAGUCCUCCACAUGA